AUGUCCGACGACGAACUUAGCUUGGAAGGUGGCUUAUUCGAAGAGCCGGAAGGGUUCCUUCCACCACCUCCAGAAUCCCAUUUUGCAUAUUACGAACGUAAGCUUGCCAAUGUCACUCCUCUGAAGGUCGAUUUGAAGUUGGUUGGAAAGUCUCCAUUAUGGGGACAUUUGUUGUGGAAUGCCGGAGCCUACACGGCCGACUUCUUGGAUAAACAUGCUUUAGAGUAUGUCAAAAACAAAAAGGUGUUGGAAUUGGGAGCUGCGUCCGGUUUACCUGGGAUUAUCUGUGCCCUUAAUGGAGUUGAAAAGAUAGUGUCAACAGACUAUCCAGAUGCCGACUUGAUUUCACAUAUUCAGUAUAAUUUUGAUGCUUUAGAGAAGACUGGUGCAUAUCCAAAGACCUGCUACGACGUAAAAGGUUACAUUUGGGGACAUGAUGUGACCCCUUUGGUCUACGGCGAAGAAACAGAAACUAAAAGAGAAAUCGCUGAACUGGACAAGUUCGAUCUCAUCAUCUUAGCGGACUUGGUGUUCAACCAUACCGAGCACCACAAGUUGUUGGAAACAUGUAGAAAUAGUUUGAAGACAAACGGAAAAUGUUUGGUUGUGUUUUCGCCUCAUAGAGCUCAUCUUUUGCAAGAUGACUUACAGUUUUUUGAAACUUGUGAGAACUACGACUUCAAAUCAGAAAGAAUAGAGUUGGUCAACUGGAAGCCAAUGUUCGAAGAAGAUGAAGAGACAGCCGAGAUUAGAUCAAGAGUCUACUCUUACUGGUUGAAUCCGCAAUGGAAAUAA